AUGCGUUCAUCCACUCGUUGCGCUGUUGCGCUUCAGCUUCUGGGCAUGUCCGCCGCUCUCCGUAAUAACACCCCGGUUGAGAAUGAAACCAGGGUUUCAGACACAUACGACUAUGUCAUUGUAGGAGGUGGAGUCACUGGGUUGAUCGUUGCCAAUCGCUUGACCGAGGACAAGAAGAAGUCGGUUCUUGUCAUCGAGGCAGGUGGCGCAUAUGACAACCCGAACAUUCGCUUGCCAUAUGGCGCAACAUACGCCUUGAACACAUCCUUGCUGUGGACCGACUAUGUCUGUCAACCUGAGCCUGCUCUUAACAACAAGACAUGGGACACUCGCGUUGCUCAAGUAUUAGGAGGUGGAUCUAUCGUCAACGGCAUGAUGUACGAUCGUGGAUCUGCUGCAGACUACGACGCAUGGGAGGCUUUGGGUAACAAGGGCUGGGGUUGGAGUGGCCUCUACCCCUUCUUCAAAAAAGAAACUGAGUUCAUCCCUCCGCCCCAGGAGCUUGUCGAUGAGUUCAACAUCACCUGGGACGCUGCGGCGUACGGCACAGGUCCUUUGAAGCUCGGUAUUGCCGACUUCCAGUACCCAGAUAUCAAGAGUUAUUGGGCAGCUUUCGAGGGUCAGGGUGCGCGCAGACUUGUUGACGGUAACAAUGGCGAUAACGCUGGUGCGUCGUGGUACCCUAACACGAUGAACCCUAAGACUGGUGAGAGGCAGCAUGCUCGUCUGGCCUAUUACGAUACAGUCGCCAGCCGCUUGAACCUUCACACUCUGCUCGGGACUGUUGCAAACGAGCUUGUGUUCGACAACAACAGCAGCAAGAGGCUUGUUGCUCGUGGAGUCAAGGUCACCGACAAGAAGACGGGUGCGACUAAGACUGUCUACGCUAAGAGGGAGGUUAUUCUUGCCACUGGUGCCGUCAAUACCCCUAAACUCCUCCAACUUAGUGGUAUCGGCCCCAAGUCCGUUCUUGAGGCUGCCGGCAUCACGGUCAAGCUUGCGCACGACGGAGUUGGUUCCAACUUCCAGGACCACCCUUAUACAUACAUGGGCUUCAACAUCUCUAACAUGAGCACACCUAACCCUGCCUUGCUUUCUAUCGACCCAGCUUUCAACGCAUCCGCCUGGGCAGAGUAUAACGGCAACAAGACUGGACCUCUCACACAGGCUCGUGGCAACGCCCUUGCAUUUAUUCCCCUGCCGGAAGUCGCACCUGACAGCUACGCCAACAUCUCUACUCAAGUCACCGCCCAAGCAAACGACGCUUAUCUCCCAGCGAUCUAUAAGGGCAGCAAGAGGCUCCUCACCGGUGUCGCUGCCCAGCGUAAGGUUCUUGCUAGCCUCUACUCCAAUUCCAAAGCAGGCAUCGUCGAAUUUGGCAUCCCCGCCGCCGGCAAUGGUCUCCUCGUCGCCCUUCAGAAGCCCCUAUCUCGCGGAACCAUCACCAUCAACCCCACCAACCCCCAGGGCGUCCCUCUAAUCCGCUACAACGCCAUGAUCAACCCUCUCGAUAAAUCUAUACUCGCCGUUUGCGUGCGCUAUAUCCGCCAAGUCUGGGCCCGCUCUGAGAUCGCGCAGUUCACCCCCGUUGAGACAAGCCCUGGCGCGCAGUACCAGACUGACGCCGAGAUCAUUGACCGAGUGGUCGAGCUCGGCACCCUCUGGCCGACACUGAGUCACCCGAGUGGUAGCUGCCCCAUGAUGCCUGAGGCUCUGGGUGGAUGCGUGUCUGAUGAGCUGCUGUUUUAUGGUGUCGAGAAGUUGUCGGUUAUUGAUGCGUCGAUUAUUCCGCUUGUACCCAGUCAACAUAUUCAGAGUACGAUGUAUGCGGUUGGUGAGAAGGCUGGGUAUAUUAUUAGCAAUAGGCGCUAGAUAAGGGAGAGCAUGUGGUGG